CGCAACCCAUGGCCUGUUUUCAGGUCCACAACACGACUCGCGAAGGCGAAGCUGCUGCUUUCCGCGUUUCCCACAAUCACCAUGUGGCGUAACUUAUCAGCAUCCAACUAUAGCUAGGUAUUCUACAAUCAACACGACUAUCCAUGGAGACGUUCCGCUUCCGCUUGAACUGCAUCGAUCAUUAUCAAGCCACGCCAACCGAUCUCGAUCCUGUUCUUCGUCGACGCGCCGGCCCUACCCAGCGUCAAGAUGCGCCUACAGUUCCCGUGAUCCGGGCUUUUGGCGCAACCGAGACCGGACAGAAGGUGUGCGCUCACAUCCAUGGAGCCUUACCCUAUCUCUACCUUGAGUAUAAUGGGAGUCCAGAGCCGGAAGCGGUCAAAUUGUAUAUCGCAAACCUCCGAACUUCGAUCGACCAUGCGCUCGCCGCCACCUACCGCAGAAACCCGUAUGAUGGUAAAGCGGUCUACGUCGGACAUAUCACAUUGGUGAAGGGCGUACCCUUCUACGGCUAUAAUGUUGGAUAUAGAUUCUUCUUGAAGGUUUACAUGCUUAACCCAAUGCAAAUGACCCGAUUCGCGGAUCUCCUAUACCAAGGCGCAAUUCUCAACCGCGUAUUCCAGCCUUACGAGAGCCAUCUUCAGUAUCUCCUCCAAUGGAUGUGCGAUUACAACCUGUACGGGUGCGCUUAUAUGGACUGUGCGAAGGUGCGAUUCCGCUCCCCGGUUCCUAAUGGCGACGAAAUAGAUACUCUGGUGCAUCGAUGGCACUCUGCAUCCAUACCCCAUGAGUUCAUCUCCGAUUCCGAUCAAUACCCGAGGCUCAGUCAUUGUACUCUCGAAAUAGAUGUAUGCGUACAAGACAUCCUCAACCGACAUGAAGUGCAGCCUCGCCCAAUCCACCAGGACUUUCUGGAGCGUUUCAACUUGUCCGGUCCAGAUGAGAAGUUCGUUCCUUCUAUGGCUGGACUGUGGCGGGAUGAAACUCGCCGGCGUAAGCUACGAAUGGGGAUCAAAGACCCGUCCAGUAGUCCCUUUCCUCCUGAUGUUCUGGUCUCGAUGUCAGCCGAUCCAAGGGAUACGAGUAAAGGUGGCUGGAUACAUGAGGAAGAAUACAGAGGACUUGUGGAAGGGCUGAUCCGCGAAGAGCGAGGUAAUCAUCCUUCUACCUCUUUUGAUCGCUUUGUGAAACGCGUCGAUGGGGAAGAAUAUAUCAAGACUGCCAUGGAAAGCAUCGAGGAUCUAUAUCCUGAAAACCUUCAAGUCCAGACUCCUGAGGACGAAACGAUGGCUGUGGAUGGAGGCAUAGUCAAUGAUGAUCGUUUGCGGGAAAUUGCCGAUGAACUUCCUUCCGACGAAGCCAUAUUAGGCGAGCUGGGCGAUUUAGAUGUUGAUAAGGGGAACGGCGAUCAACCAUCCGAAGAGGAGGAGCAACCCUCGCUAGACCCGCUGACCCUCUCAGAAGCUUCUCUUAUGAAUGUCGGAGGUGCAGAUCGGUCGUCAAAUGGAGUCGCUCGGCUGGAAGAAUUGGAUCACGGAAUUGACUCUGCUAUCAACACUCCGCGUAAACGUAAAACAAUCGGGGAUCAUGAAGAAGCCACGAAGAGACAGAGAGUACUAGCGUUUACAAGUCAGAAUAGCCCACGACAGUUUUCAGCUUCGGAAGGAAUCGCAGAUACCGCUCGGCAGCCGGCAGUGGACGAGAGCUUGCCCUCUGGCACCCAGUUGUCGCAAGCAAGUAUCAAAGCUCACGGAACGACAGAUCCGUCGCCACUUGCCUUUCCAGUUGUAAAGAAUCCACAUGCACCCGAAACUGUAUUACGCCUUAGUCAAUCCGGGUAUUCCAAUUCUCAAGAAGGGCCGAAGACGCCAGUUGGCAAGGCGUACAUGUCCCACUCUUUUAAGAAUACCGUGAACACACAGUGGACCCAUCAGAAGACAUCCCCAGCGCGACAAAAUAGUAGCAAUGCUGAACCGAAUGCAGAAGCGGCGACGCUGGUCAAGCAUCUGAAGGAUACGUUUCCGCACGCUGCGAAAACCUGGUAUUAUGGCUCUUUACCCCCGUCAGCUGAUCUGGUUCAAGACACGAUGCUGGAGAUUGGAUUACCUCCCGUUAUCUAUCAAGAUGCUUACUACAGCAACGAAAAGGACGUACCAGAUCGGCCAAGAGAGUAUGCUGGGCGCGAAUUUAAGCUGCAAAGCACCACACUGCCCUAUCUCCCCCUUUUCGAUCCUACCGGAAUCUCGUUGUCAAGCUAUGGGGAAAACCCGCCCCUGUUGGUUGAUAGAAAGAAACAGGAAGCGACUGACCGGAUAAGGGCGCAGAGAUGUAGUUUGCGCAACUGGGAAUUCUCAAGUCUACCUCCUUCCUACCAAGAAGUUUGCGACUGGAUGCUCACUGUGUCGAGAGAGCGCGAUGAUAGAGCGUCGCAAGACAAGGCUAUUCAGAUGCCUAAACCACCACCUGAUCCCCUCUCCCAGAUCGAAGGGCCCACACAGAGGAACAAACACUGCUUCAAGUAUUCUCAGAAACAACAAUCCACGAGCGUCAAACACGAAACUCAAUACAUGAGCAUCCUGAGCGUGGAGGUACACGUCAACUCACGUGGCUCCCUUGUACCCGACCCGGCGGAAGACGAAAUCCAGGCGGUGUUCUGGUGCAUUGAAGGAGAGGAAGAUGGAGAGGAAGGCUCUAAGCGCGUUGGCAUCCUGUGUCUCUCUGAGGAGGAUGGCAUCGCCCAGCGCAUCGCUAAACAAGUCUCUGUGGAGGUUGAAUACGAGCAGGACGAAUUGGACCUCAUCAAUCGCAUGGUGGACAUUGUGCGGCAAUUUGACCCAGAUAUACUGACAGGCUAUGAAGUGCACAAUGGAUCUUGGGGGUAUCUUAUAGAGCGAGCCCGGCUGAAGUACGAGUAUGACCUGUGCGACGAGAUCUCACGGAUGAAGACUCAGUCGCAUGGAAGAUUUGGAAAGGAUGCUGAUCGCUGGGGUUUCACGCAUACGUCUACCAUUCGCGUUACUGGUCGCCACAUGAUCAAUAUCUGGAGGGCCAUGCGAGGGGAACUAAACCUCCUUCAGUACACGAUGGAGAACGUCGUUUUUUAUCUCCUCCACAAACGCAUACCCCAUUACACACACGCCGACCUGACCGCCUGGUACAGAAGCCCGAAACCGCGAGAUCUGGCCAAGGUUCUCAACUACUUUCUGCUGAGAGUCAAACUGAACUUGGACAUUCUAGAGGCUAAUGAGAUCGUCCCACGAACCAGCGAGCAAGCUCGUCUCCUGGGUGUCGACUUCUUCUCCGUCAUAUCCCGAGGAUCCCAGUUCAAAGUGGAAUCAACUAUGUUUCGAAUCGCGAAGCCCGAGAACUUCAUUCUGGUGUCUCCAAGCCGGAAGCAGGUCGGCCAACAAAACGCGCUGGAGUGUCUACCUCUGGUGAUGGAGCCUCAGAGUGAUUUUUACACCAGUCCGGUGCUUGUUCUUGAUUUCCAGUCCCUUUACCCAAGCGUUAUGAUCGCUUACAACUACUGCUACUCCACGUGCCUUGGCCGUAUCGUGAGCUGGCGUGGCCGCAACAAAAUGGGGUUCAUGGACUUCAAAAGGGAGCCUCAGCUCCUGGAGCUUGUGAAAGACUAUAUCAACAUCGCACCAAACGGCAUGAUGUACGUCAAGCCCGAAAUGCGCAAGUCCUUGCUCGCAAAGAUGUUGAGUGAACUCCUGGAGACUCGCGUCAUGGUCAAGAGCGGUAUGAAGAUGGAUAAAGACGACAAAGCUUUGCAGCAACUUCUCAACAAUAGGCAACUGGCGCUCAAAUUGCUGGCCAAUGUUACGUACGGAUAUACUUCCGCGUCCUUCUCCGGACGCAUGCCCUGUUCUGAGAUUGCAGACAGCAUCGUCCAGACUGGAAGAGAGACACUGGAGAAGGCUAUCGCCAUGAUUCACUCUGUUGAGAAGUGGGGCGCAGAGGUUGUCUACGGGGACACGGACUCGUUGUUCAUCCAUUUGAAGGGCCGGACGCGUGAACAGGCUUUCGCGAUCGGCGAAGAGAUCGCAGAAGCAGUCACAAAAGCCAACCCUCGGCCCAUCAAACUCAAAUUCGAAAAGGUCUACCACCCAUGCGUUCUGCUCGCCAAAAAGCGCUAUGUAGGGUUCAAGUACGAAUCUCGAUCGCAAACCGAACCCGACUUCGACGCCAAAGGCAUUGAAACCGUACGCCGGGACGGCACUCCGGCUGAACAGAAGAUCGAAGAGAAGGCCUUGAAGCUCCUCUUCAGGACAAGCGAUCUCUCACAAGUAAAAGCUUACUUCCAAUCGCAGUGCAAGAAGAUCAUGACCGGUCGCAUCAGCAUCCAAGACUUCCUUUUCGCCAAAGAGGUCAAGCUGGGAAAUUACUCGGACCGUGGUCCGCUUCCUCCAGGAGCUCUCAUCGCUACAAAGCGUAUGCUCACAGAUCCGCGCGCUGAACCGCAAUACGGAGAGCGCAUUCCAUACGUUGUAGUUACGGGAGCGCCAGGCGCGAGACUCAUCGACCGCUGUGUCGCUCCCGAAACUCUGUUGCAAAAUGACCAUCUCGAACUGGAUGCGGACUACUACAUCUCGAAGAACCUGAUCCCGCCUCUCGAACGCAUCUUCAACCUCGUAGGCGCAAACGUACGACAGUGGUACGACGAAAUGCCCAAAGUCCAGCGGAUCCGCAACAUCUCGGUCCCCUUCGCCAGACCCGAUGCUGGAAAUGGAAAUGCAUUGCUCGCGGGCGGUGGCGUGGGAAGCAAUAGCACCACGGCGAAAAAAGCUACGCUGGAGAGCUACAUGAAGUCGUCUUCGUGCCUCAUCUGCCGCGCAAAACUGCCUCCGCUCCCGUCGUUUCCUAAUAUCCCCGCUGACGCCCUUGCCACGCUGCCUCUAUGUUCAACCUGCCUCUUACGACCGGCUCGCGCCUUACUGACGCUGAAGGAUCGGAUAUGGAAAGCGGAGCAGAGAGCUAAGCAGGUUGAUAUGGUAUGUCGGAGUUGCGCGAGUUUGGCAUGGGUAGAGGAGAUUAAGUGUGAUAGUCGGGAUUGUCCUGUGUUUUAUAGCAGGAUUAGGGAGAGGGCGAGGUUGGCGGGGAUGAGGGAAGGGGUGGAGAGGGUGAUUGGGGUGUUGGAGGAUGAGGGGAGGAAGGUAGAGGGAGAGGGUGUGCUGGAUUGGUAG